CGAGAACGCUCGCUGCGUCAGUCUGCGCCGAGUCCUCUUCGUGGGAGCUGCGCUCUCUUAUGGCAUCAUCAGGGCAGCUAUAGGGCCCUUUCGAUGCACAGAAGAGCAAACGGUCAAACAAACAAUCAGUGAGUUUGGUUAGUGCGUGCCACCAGUUUCGACAUCGGACAGCUUGAUAUCACUACGAAAAUUAAAUUAGCAAUGUCUUUGGAGGAAUCUCGGAGGUCGCAGCGCCCGUACCGAUACGGUAUGGUCCUUCUGUGCGUCGGGGCUCUCAUAAACUGGUUGGGUUUAGCGGAGAACUAUGUCGAACCGGUGCGUUACGUCGGUGUCGCCUGCAUAGUUGCCGGGGCUCUCCUUAUUUGCGCCGCCAUGUGUUGUUGGCUACACGCACCUCCAACUAGGACGAGCACGCACACGCAACACACAAACCAUCCGAUCACGGCACAGAUCGAUGAUCCUAUCCAUGUGAUUUCCAUCGAGGAACCUUCGGGCGUCUCGAGACAAAAGCCGCCGGAUUAUGAGGCGGUGACGGACGCACCACCGAGCUACGAUGAUGCCAUCAAGCUAAAUCCUAGUCAAUUAGUCAGGUUGAGCAAUGGUAGCACGCCGUUAUCCUCAGCACAAAUCAUCCCGACAACCAUCAGUAUCGUUUCUCCUACGUUAACACCGCCACCGCCGUACGCAAGGUGAGAUUAUAACGCUAGGAAUAGAGAGACCAAUAAAUACGAAGGUUUACGACGUGAGAACCGACGUCAAUUGCGAAGACCGAUCAAGUUGCAGAUUGCAAACAAUACGAUCGUACGACAAUUUCGUUGUUUGUUUUCGUUGUUGCGAAAUGCGUGAACGUAUACGUAGCUGUGCAGAAUACGAUCUUGCCAGAGGAGAAAUGGAGAUUCGAGCCAUUCGAAAAUCGUUUGACAUUUCCACAAGCAAGAAUCGAAUAAGGAUCUCUUUGCAUCUUAGAUGUUGAUUACUUGAUUAUUAAUUAUUUGACAACUGUGGAACGUUGUUGGCACCAACGUCAUUCAAGACGAUUAAUUCUUCCUUUACAACUACGUUAUUACUCUUGUUAUAAUUUAGAAAGAAACUAGGAAUUAUUGAACAAACCUCAUUUAUCAUGACGAUAUCUGAGUUCACUCGAUACGGCCUAAAGAAUUGCGAUUAUCAAAUCCGAUCAUCAUUUUUUCAUUUGUUGAUCUCUCGUAGAAUAAAACGGAAAAAGUGGAAA